ACGUCAGACAUUUAAAAAUGGCGGAAUCAGUCAGCUGUCAAUCGUGUUUGUUUGUUUUUUUUUCUUGGUAAAAAACUAAACAGAUUUAGCUUAUUUUAAAUAAAAGAGUGAACAGUGGAUUGAUAAAAAGUGAUAUAAAUUAAUUAACUUAAUUAAAGAAAAGUGAUCGAUAGAUAUUUCCAAAUGUUGGUUACAUGAUUAUAAAUGCGAGCAGCGGUUAGUGUUCUAUUGUCGAGUCCAGUGCCCGACAUAAAAAUGUCAUAUCCCGACUAUGAGCAAACAGCUCACGAUCAUGCAGCAUUAUUAAUUCUCUUGAAACCAAUUGGCACACAAAUAAAACAGAAAACAAUCGGCAAAUUAUGGGAACGUAUUGUUAAAGCAGGAAGUCGAUUUUCCAUAGAGGAUCAAAAAAUAGGAAAUCGAGAGAUUUUAAUUCGUUUUGUUAAGGAUCAUCCAGUGGAGAAUAUUGAAUGGGGUGAUUUUCAAACACAUCGACGACUUCUUGGUUUAAUAACAUUUGGAAAAUAUGAAAAUCAAAUUGAACUCAAUGAACUUUGUCGAUUGCACGAAACACUAAAAGUUAAAUACAAUGAGACACUUUAUGAUUCGACAGCCGUUUUUUUGGGACCUGUCGCUUCUAAUCGUGUCAAUGAACCGCCACCUGACUUUACAACACCCUCGAAUUUCAAAACAAUAGCAAAUUUUUAUCCAGACGACACAUGUCCAGAUUUAGAAGUUCAAAUGUCGGAGUGUUUCAAAAAUUUAUUCAUUAUCUUAGAAUCGAAACGAGUUGAUCGUUCACGAGAGAAAUUAGAUCGUGUACCAAUGCUUGCUGCGCCUUUUGAGAAGAAAGAUUUCAUUGGUUUGGAUAUGGAAUCAAGGAAUAAUAAAAAAAGAUGUGUUGGUCGAAUGACAAAACAUUUGGGUGAUCUUUGCCUUCAGGCUGGUUUAUUAGCCGAUGCUUUGAGUCAUUAUAAUUCGGCUGCUGUCACAUUACAAGCGGUUAACGAUUGGUUAUGGCUCGGAGCUGCUUACGAGGGUUUGUGUGCUGCUUCGGCACUUAUUUUGUAUCCGAACAUGUGUCGUAAUUUGCCUCUACAAAGAAAUUCGUCUCUCCAAGAAGGAAGUCCGGGAAAACAAAGACGAGGAUCGCAGGCUUUUAAUGUAUUACCAUCGCCACCGAGUAUUGAGAUAUUAAAAAGCAGUAUGCCGAAUAUUUUAUCGCCAGAGGAUAUUUCGAAAAAGUACCGUGAGGCGAUUGUGCACUACAGUAAAUAUCAAAAUGCAGGAAUAAUCGAAACCGAAGCGAGCUUCAAAGCAACACGAAUAUCAAUUGAACAAAAUUGUUCACUUCAAGCUGCUUCAUUUUUAAACAAUGUUGUCUUUAUUAACUUGAAAAUGACCGAACGAGAAAAGAUUGAACGAUUCACUACUUUGGCGGAUCUUUUCACUUCCUUUGGAUUUAUAAGAAAAGCCUCAUUUUGUACAAGAUUAGCAGCAACUCGUUACGUUUCGCAACAUAAUCGAAAUCCAGAUUGGCAGCAAUGCUAUAAACUUUUGUUGCAAGCCACCGGUGGUUUUAAAUUAUCCCUCGAUCCACUGGACAUGCCUUAUGAUGGACAGAGAGGAUGGCCGGCGAUACAAAUUCAAGUGAUAAAUGAAUUGGUUGCCGCUGCAAAUCGUAUGGGAAAUCCAGCACUGUCAACGAGACAUUUGACAUUUUUACUUCAGACAAUGUACAAUCAUUUGGGUCAAAACGAACGAAAAGAGACGGCACUUCAAUUACAAGCCGUUUCACAACAAUGUGAAGGUGCACCAGUUCCGCUUGUACUCGAUUCCGGCACCGUAAUUCCGCCAGCGAAUUUAACGAACAUUCCAAAAACAAAAUCGUUUGCUUUGAAAAAUCUACAACCACAUUUGCAGCCACAAAAAAUUGAAAGAGUAAAAGAGGAUCACGGUCCAUUCUUAUUUACACCGAUUAAUUUUGGCUCGUUAGAGAGAAAAGCAACAUCAAAAAGCAAAGUUGAUUAUCUUUGGGUGGAGGGCGAUAUUUGCGAGGCAACAAUGCAACUCAUAAAUCCCCUGCCGUUUGAACUUCACGUCUCAAAUAUGAGACUACUAACAAGUGGAGUUGUUUUCGAAUCAAUUCCGGAGAGUAUAACACUGCCUGCCGAAUCGGGUCCGAUUGCUGUGAUUUUAGCUGGGAAACCAAAGGAAGUUGGAGAUUUGGAAAUUCUCGGCUUCAGUACACACACUUUGGGUGUUAAGUCAAAUUGUAAAUUGCGUUAUAUGGAAGGAAUGCCACAUCCGCAGUAUUCCAUUGAAGUUGUACCCGCAUUGCCAAAAAUUGAUUUAUCAACAAGUUUACCUCAAACGGCAAGUUUCAGUUCGGGGGAAAAUAUUGUCACCAGUGCGAGUAUUUCCCUCUAUGGCGGUGAAAGCUCUGAAUGUACAAUUACAAUAACAAAUGUCGGACAAGUUCCAAUAGAAAUGUUUGAAAUUUCGAUUCAAUCGUCCUUGGACACACAAACGGAAUCGAAAGUUUUUCACUGGAACGAGGAGGAACUUAAAAAACAAUUACCACUGGAACCAGGAGCAAGUACCUGUUUGACUCUACAUUUAUAUGCCGUUAUGGAAUUUGUGGUGCCAUCAUCAUCGAAUGAUAUUAACAGCAACGCUUACAUGAGUCAACCAAAUAGUUUAUUAACUCAAUCAGGUUCGAAUUCAUUGCCAUCGAGAUUGAGUUCAUUAUCUCAGCACACGAAAAGACAAUCGGAAUUGACAUCUUCAUUUCGUUCGGGUUUAAGUAGCAAUUCAACGAAUUCCUCGAUGAUUAGUUCACGACUCUCGAAAUUAGCAGUUCCUUUAAAUUCUCUAAAUGCAAUUGAGGGACAACUUAGAAUAAAAUAUUCUGGAGCUGAUGGAUUAGUUGCUGGUUAUUGUCGUGUCUCUUCUGUAUUUAUUACCAUUGAAAUUUUACCGAGCAUUCAAAUAACAAAUUGGGACGUUCUUCCGGCAGAAACAGCAUCGCAGUUUUAUCUUGUUCUGGAUGUGAUUAAUAAUACAAAUCAUGAAAUGGAAUUACACUACACAGAGAGUAAAUGUAUUUAUAUGGAAGGAAGAGAAUCGUGUAGAAUUCCUGUUCCUGUAAAUCGUUGUCCACUUCACAAAUUAACGACGAUAAAAGAAGACGUUGACAAUGGGGAAUUGAAGAAAAUUUGUGCUGACCACAUAGCUUCGCUUGUUGAUUUGCGUUGGCAUUUACUGGGCACUGAUUUGACGGGAAAGGCAAAUUUAUCAGGAAUUACUCUAACACAAAAUAUGUUGGAUUUAGUUCGAAUGAGUCCACUGCAGUGGGAAGUGAAAAUAAAUGACAAUAUCAUUCGAGCACAAGAUGAAUUGACAUGUGUUUUGGGCGAAUGCAUCAGUAUCGGUGUUGGUGUUUGCAAUGCACUGGACAAUCCACUACGAGAUCUCACACUGUCGAUAAAUUUUUAUCAGGAUCAUCACAAUGGAGUUAAUAAUUAUCGACUGGACACAAAACUAUCUAUUGCUGGUUCCAAUAAAUUUCUACUUCCUUCGUUAAAAAAGUCAGGACGAGCAUUUCAUGAAUGUCGUGUUGUAUUUUUGACUUCGGGUCAAUAUAAAAUCGACAUUCAAUGCAGUAGUCGUGAGCAAAUGGCAAAUUCACCAUCACUUUGUACAGACACAACUGAUAGUCACACUUGGCGUUAUAUACCACCGGUGGAAAUUAGUGUCGCCGAUUCUUAAUAUUUUCUUUUGUAAAUUGUAUAUUUUCUCCUGUUAAUAAUUGUCAGAUUUGUAAAAAAUGUAACAUUUUUUACAUUAUAAUAUAUUUGAAUUAAUUAUUAAUA